UCUACACCAGUAGUCUUUCGUUUUUUCUCUCUUGUUAAAAUCUAUAUAUAUUCAUCUUUUUUUCAAGUGCAGAAAUAUCUAGGGAGUCUAGGGACUGUAGAGAAAAGAAAAAUAUAUGGAAGUAUUAUUUUCAAAUUGACGCAUAACCUAUACAAGAAGGUGUUUAUGUAUAGAGUGUAUUUUAAUAUAUCAUUUUUAUAAAUACAAUGUUACCUUUAACUUUGUUAAAGACGGCGCAAAAUCAUCCCAUGUUGGUAGAGCUAAAGAAUGGAGAGACAUAUAAUGGUCAUUUAGUUAGUUGCGACAACUGGAUGAACAUAAACCUCAGAGAAGUUAUAUGUACUUCAAGGGAUGGUGACAAGUUCUGGAGGAUGCCCGAGUGCUAUAUAAGAGGCAGCACAAUAAAAUAUUUGAGAAUUCCUGAUGAAGUAAUAGACAUGGUGAAAGAAGAUAUACAAAUGAAAUCGAGAGGACGUGGGGAAAUGAAAGGUCGAGGCCAGAGUCAAAGAGGUCGUGGUAGUGGAAGAGGUACUUUUGGUAGAGGAGGGAGAGGUCCAGCACCGUUAAGCCGUGGAGGCGGUACACAAGUUGGGAAUAAAUCACAAAAUAAACCAAGACCUAAAUAAAACUAAUUAUAUUAUUUAUAUUCUAUUGCAAUUAACUCAUUAUGAAUACCUCAAUAUCAUUUAACUUUUUACGAAAGCUUCUUUUAAUCAAUUUUUUGUUUUAUAUAAUUUUAUAUAUAAAAAAGUUUGGUGCAACUGGAUUUAUGUAAUGCUAGUACAAAGACAAUUUAUUCAUGGCAAUAACAUUGAUCUUAAUCGUACAUUCGUAUGCUAAUGGGAGUCAUAUAUACAUAUGUGUGUAUGUAAAAUCUUCGUAUUGAUGUAUAUAAAAAAAUUAUGUUAAAUUUCUUUCUGCACGUUGCAGUAGUGUGAUAGGCAAUAAAAGUAUUAAUAAAAACUUAUUGUUGUAAGAGUUAAAUUGGAAA